AUGUCGAGCCCCGGUAUCGAUGGUGACCCCAAGCCUUCAUGCUUGCCGAACGGUCUGGUGAAGCUGCCUGGCCAGCCCAACGGCCUAGGCGCAGCCAGCAUCACCAAGGGCACACCUGCUGCCAAGAACCGUCCUUGCCAGCCACCACCCCCACCCACCCUUCCACCUCCAAGCCUGGCUACACCACUGUCCCGGGUUGCUCUGGCCGGGGGGCCAUGCCCCCCAGCCAGUGGACCAGCCUCAGGCCCAGUGCCUGGACCCCCAGUGGAGCGGCCACCACUGGCCACAGAUGAGAAGAUCCUUAAUGGGCUCUUCUGGUAUUUCUCAGCGUGUGAGAAGUGCAUACUAGCCCAGGUGUGCAAGGCUUGGCGGCGUGUGCUCUACCAGCCCAAGUUCUGGGCAGGCCUCACGCCUGUGCUGCACGCCAAGGAGCUGUACAACGUGCUGCCUGGAGGCGAGAAGGAGUUUGUGAACCUGCAGGGCUUCGCUGCUAGAGGCUUUGAGGGCUUUUGCCUAGUUGGUGUCUCUGACUUAGAUAUCUGCGAAUUCAUCGACAACUACUCGCUCUCUAAGAAGGGAGUCAAGGCCAUGAGUCUCAAGCGCUCCACCAUCACUGACGCUGGUCUAGAGGUGAUGUUGGAGCAGAUGCAGGGAGUGGUGCGCCUGGAGCUGUCAGGCUGUAACGAUUUCACCGAGGCUGGCCUGUGGUCCAGCCUCAGCGCACGUAUCACCUCACUGAGCGUCAGUGACUGCAUCAAUGUGGCGGACGAUGCCAUCGCUGCCAUCUCACAACUUCUACCCAACCUGGCAGAGCUAAGCCUUCAGGCCUACCACGUGACUGACACGGCACUGGCCUACUUCACAGCACGCCAGGGCCACAGCACCCACACGCUGCGCCUGCUCUCCUGCUGGGAGAUAACCAACCACGGGGUGGUCAAUGUGGUGCACAGUCUGCCCAACCUCACCUCACUCAGCCUCUCCGGCUGCUCUAAGGUCACUGAUGAUGGGGUGGAGCUUGUAGCCGAGAAUCUGCGCAAAUUGCGCAGUCUUGACCUUUCCUGGUGCCCUCGGAUCACAGAUAUGGCACUGGAGUAUGUGGCCUGCGACUUGCACCGACUGGAGGAGCUCGUGCUGGACAGGUGUGUACGCAUCACGGACACUGGUCUCAGCUACUUGUCCACCAUGUCGUCCCUCCGCAGCCUCUACCUGCGAUGGUGCUGCCAGGUGCAGGACUUCGGGUUGAAGCACCUCUUAGCCAUGAGAAGUUUGCGACUCUUGUCUCUAGCAGGCUGCCCGCUCCUAACCACCACCGGGCUAUCCGGCCUCGUGCAACUGCAAGAGCUGGAGGAGCUGGAGCUGACCAACUGCCCUGGAGCCACACCCGAGCUCUUCAAGUACUUCUCGCAGCACCUGCCGCGCUGCCUCGUCAUUGAAUAGCGCAGGCUUCCCCACCCGGCCGCGGGAACCGGCCUCGCCCAGGGCAGUAGGCCCUCUUCCACCCCUGCCGGAGCAUCAUUUCUCCGCCCUGCGCUGGAGGCGGGGCAAGCUGAGGGAAACCCCGCCCCGUGCCUCCCUAGCUCCUCUGCUCCAAUGCUCCAACCCCGUCCGGGGCAAGAGGCAGAGGGGCCAGCCCCACGCACGCACGCACACUCGGGGACUUUGUGCAUGCCCCUCGUGCCCGCACUGCACGCCCGCCCUCCACCAUGCCACAGCCGCCGCCAUCACUCGCCCGCCUUCUGGGGGUCUAGGUCCUUUUGGGGGAUGCUUUGAGUGCAUAUGCCCUCAGUGGCUUCCCCACUUCAUUCUGCUCUCUGCCUCCCCUCGCUGUCCCCCCCAUCCCGGGCAGGGCCCAAGGGGAUGGAGGGAUUGGUCCCCCAGGACUUAGGGGCCUGGAAGAGCCCCAAGGGCCUCCCACAUCUUCCACUGCACCGCGCCUGGAGCCCUCCAAGGGGUAUGAGGCGCCACAGGCCACUGCCAAAGCCAUGGCCCCCUGAGGAGCCCAACUUCCCCAUGCCCACCUGACCUAGUGGCUUCCCUUCUUCCUUGUUGCCAUAUGGGUCAGUUCUUGUUCUCUGUGUCCCACCCCCACUCCCGCAACCCCCCAUAUCUCCUUUCCCCCUGGCCUACAGAUCCUUGGGCCCUGGCCAGGCUGGGACAGCUUUAGGAGGAUGCAGACCUUGGAACAAUCAACAUUAGCCUAACCGGUGCCCAUUCACCCAAGUGCAAGGGUGGAAUAGGCACCUGACAGACCCUAAUCUGGAGCCACCCACGGGGCUAUUAGGCCUUGGGAUCAGCCCACCCAUUUCAGUCCCUACCCAAGCUGAGCUCAGGCCUCUCAGCACUGUGCUUCACCCUGGAUAGGUCUCCUCAGGUGGAAUCUGCAGAGGGCCUGGCCAUGGGUCAGGGUCAGCACUGACCAGCGAUUCUGAUCUUCCAGUGGCCAGCACACCCUUCACACCCCAAGGAAGGAGGGCUCCUUUCU